AUGGUAUAUUGUGACUCUAAGGAUGAGGAAGAAGAUGAUGAACUUACAGAUGAUGAGCUAUUAUUAAACGAAAAACUUCUACAUUUCUUGAAACUCAAAGAUCAAAAUAAUAACACCGAUGAAGCUAUUAGACUUUUUAACAUAUUAGAAUUACAAUAUGGAAUCUGUCCUACAUUACGUCAGUUGAAAAAGUUAAGAGCAGCACUUAAUAAAAAUAUUUCUGUUAGGAAGUGUAAUAACGGAGCAUACCUAAAUGUGAACCAUGCCGUCAAAUUAUUAAUUCAUAGUGAUCGAUCGAUAAUAGAUAAUCCAUCAGACGAAGUUAUUCAUAUUGAACAUAAUAUGGAUGGUACGACAAUAGAGGCAUCCACAAAUUUUUUUAUGUCAACAAUCAGUUGUGUUGAAUCUGGUAUUAAUAAACAAUCGGCUACAAACGUUAUACCGUUAGGACAAUUUAAGUUUAACAAAGAAAAUCGUAGUGAAAUUGAACGUGUAGUACCAGAUGAAUUUAUAGAUAUGAUGGAGAAGAAAUUAGUUUGUUUAAAGAAUUUGAAAUUUGAAUUAGACUUCCAGAUGUCUUUAGAUAUGAAAAUGAUGUGGCAAGUUAUGGGACUAUAUGGUAUAACAGGACAAAACAAACAUAAAUGUCCUCAUUGUACAGCCGCGAAUAUGGCCGAAUUUGGGAAAUAUUCGGCAUUUGACUCAGCGAAGGGUGCCCGAACAUUGGACCAGCAAUACAAAGAAAUCGGAAAAUCUAAACCAGGUUUUGGAUACCACCAUGCACCUUUUUUUCCGCAAAAAGUUACAUUUCGAGAUGAAUCGGAUAUUUUCGAAACUGAUGAUCGUUAUGAAGCAUUGAAAUGUGAAGUACAAUUAAUGAAAAAACGAUUGUUAAGAUUAGAAAAGGUGUAUGCCACAUUAAAAAAAGUAUUAUCUGCUGGUCCAUCAUCGUUAGAUUUUACGCAAAAGAUCAGUAAGUUGUUCUUAGCCUGUAUCGUCUCACAUAUUACUGUAGUAUUGUCUCCUUGUCAGGAUAUAUUUAAUAUCAAUGCAACAUCUAUUCGUUCGCCUGCGAAUAGACCAACGAUGGUAAUGCGAGAAAUUUAUACAAAGUCUGGACAUGAACCCAAUCAAUGA